GCAUGUAGCUAGGGGACACAUUAAGGAGACGUACUGAUUUGUCGUCAACACCAACAGCAGAAGUGUGUGACUAACUGACAGCCAGCUGUCCAGCAUGAAUGUGAACCAGGGGACGGUGGGCAGCGACCCGGUCAUUCUGGCCACGGCUGGAUACGACCACACUGUCCGCUUCUGGCAGGCCCACAGCGGGAUCUGCACCAGGACAGUGCAGCACCAGGACUCCCAAGUAAAUUCACUCGAGGUCACACCUGACAGGAGUAUGAUUGCCGCUGCAGGUUAUCAGCACAUCCGCAUGUACGACCUGAAUUCCAACAACCCAAACCCAGUCAUCAACUACGACGGAGUCAGCAAGAACAUCACGUCGGUGGGCUUUCAUGAAGAUGGACGCUGGAUGUACACGGGAGGAGAGGACUGCAUGGCUCGCAUAUGGGACCUGAGAUCAAGAAAUCUGCAGUGUCAGAGGAUCUUCCAAGUAAAUGCUCCGAUCAACUGUGUGUGUCUGCAUCCCAACCAGGCAGAGCUGAUAGUUGGAGACCAGAGUGGAGUGAUUCACAUCUGGGAUCUGAAGACUGACCACAACGAACAGCUCAUUCCUGAGCCAGAAGUUUCAAUCAACUCCGUUCACAUUGACCCAGAUGCCAGCUACAUGGCAGCAGUCAACAGCUCAGGAAACUGUUAUGUGUGGAACCUUGCUGGAGGCAUCGGAGAUGAAGUGACUCAGCUCAUUCCCAAGACUAAGAUCCCUGCACAUAAACGCUACUCUCUACGCUGCAAGUUCAGCCCCGAUUCCACACUACUGGCCACCUGCUCAGCAGACCAGACCUGUAAGAUCUGGAGGACGUCCAACUUCUCGCUGAUGACGGAGCUGAGCAUCAAGAGCAACAACCCCGGAGAGACGUCCAGAGGCUGGAUGUGGGACUGUGCUUUCUCCGGAGACUCUCAGUAUAUUGUUACCGCGUCCUCAGACAACCUGGCUCGCCUGUGGUGCGUGGAGACCGGCGAGAUCAAGAGGGAAUACAGCGGCCACCAGAAGGCCGUAGUGUGUCUGGCCUUUAACGACAGCGUGCUGGGCUGAGGAGGAGGAUGGAGGAGGACAUGAAGCCACCGAGGAUAUCGGACACUGGGUGCAAACGCAGGACGGAAAGUCUUUGGAGGUUGUGACUCAAUUCCCAGAAGGUGCGUCAGAUUAGUGGGAGCCAUCGUCUAGAGAAAAACUGGAGGCUUGUGUUUGAACAUCACAGUGACUCUCUGUGGCAGAUACCUGGAAGUAUUCAGCAGAGCGACACGGCCAAAACAUACAUUAGCUAACCUUAAAGGGCCAAGCACCUCUUUUUGGCACAAAUUUUCACCAUGAGUACAAAAUCUUUCCAUAACAAGAAACUGAUACAAGCCUCUGUUUUGUACAGAGCACCAUAUUUAUUACAUCAAAAGGACCACGUUAUUUAUGUUAAUUUGUGCUUGGAUGUGCUGUAAAAUCGAUUAUUCUCCGCUGCGUGCCAUGUGUAAUUCAUUUGAUACUCUUUAUUCCAAGUUAAGUUGUAAAGUCUGCUGUUCUGAGUGAUCACACGAGAAGCAGAAAGCCUUGAGAAUAAACUAUGUGCAGCAAUUUCAA